GAUUUGGAAGUGACAGACGGAGAGGAGGAGGGAGAGCUGUCCGCCCCUCCGAUGAAAGAGUAACAAGUGUGUCGGAGUAAAACUUGGGAUUUAAGAGAGUAAAAUCUGGACUUUCGGGAAUAUUUCACCUGGAGUGUCGGAGCUGGAUGUAGCGGGACAUAAGGAGUUUGUGGACGGCUCUGGCCCGGAGGUGGCGCUGUCAUGGCGGCCUUGCUCAGUGAGCUGCCCUCCUAGACCUCCCACACAUCCACACAUCCACACACAACAAGUCAGCUCAGCGCGUCCAGCAUGACGACCUCCCACCUGAACGGCCACGUGGGCGGGGAGGGCGGAGGAGGAAGAGGAGGAGGAGGAGACGAAGAGCAGAGGGGAGGACAGCAGCACCGGGAGAUGGCCGUGGACUGUCCCGGAGAACUGGGCAGCCGGACGCUGCCGGUGCGACGUUCUGCUCAGCUGGAGAGGAUCCGGCAGCACCAGGAGGACCUGCGGCGGCGGCGGGAGGAGGAGGGCCGUCAGCUGGACCUGAACGCGUCUCUGCGCCUCAGGAAGCUUUCCCAGAAUCCCCACGUCGGCAUCGACAACCCCACCUUCCUCCAGGACGCACCGCCACCAGCGCCACCUGGUGGCCAGCAGAGCGCGGCGCUGCUGGAGCUGGAGGAGCUGCUGCUGUCGCUGAAGCAGGUCCGGGGCUGCCUGUCGGACCCGCAGAGUCAGAGCGACGUGGAGCUGGUUCUGGCCCUGCUCAACAAGUCUGACUUCCAGUCGGCGCUGAAGAUCCAUAAUGCUGUGGCGUCCAGCAUGCAUCAGCCCACGCCGCCGUUCCCACAGACCCAGCAGGCGCAGCCGCUGGCCAUGGAGGUACGGAGUCUGCUGCAGUCCAGUCAGAGCAGAGAAGGCCUGGAGCUGCUCAGCCUGCUCUCAGACUCACACGUCCAGUCGCUGCUUCUGGCCCACGACGGCGUCGCAGCCAGAGAGAUGGAGCUGGAGUCUCAGCCGGUUGAAGGAGAAACUCUGACUCAGUGGAGAGGAGAGACGGUGAAGAUCGUUCGCAUAGAAAAGGCUCAAGAUGUUCCUCUGGGAGCGACGGUCCGUAAUGAGAUGGAGAGCGUGGUUAUCAGCCGCAUCGUCCGUGGAGGAGCAGCUGAGCGCAGCGGCCUGCUGGCUGAGGGCGACGAAAUCCUGGAGAUCAACGGCAUCGAGAUCAGAGGGAAGGACGUCAACCAAGUGUUUGACAUCCUGGCCGACAUGCAUGGCCUCCUGACCUUCGUGUUGAUUCCCAGCGCUCAGACCAAGCCCCCCCCUCCCAAAGAGACCGUGGUCCACGUAAAGGCCCACUUUGACUAUGACCCGUCUGACGACCCGUACGUGCCGUGCAGAGAGCUGGGCUUAUCCUUCCAGAAAGGAGAUAUUCUCCACAUCAUCAGCCAGGCAGAUCCCAACUGGUGGCAGGCGUACAGAGACGGGGAUGAGGAUAACCAGCCGCUAGCUGGACUGGUCCCAGGGAAGAGCUUCCAGCAGCAAAGAGAAGCCAUGAAACAGACCAUAGAAGAAGACAAGGAGUCUGAGAAACCUGGGAAGCUUUGGUGCGCCAAGAAGAACAAGAGGAAAAGGAAGAAGCUGCUGUACUCCCACAGGAACGACGAUCUUGAAGAUGAAAUUCUUACGUAUGAGGAGAUGGCUCUGUAUCACCAACCGGCCAAUAGGAAGCGUCCUAUCGCUCUGAUUGGUCCAACCAGCUGUGGGCAGGCGGAGCUAAGACAGAGACUCCUCAACGACCAACCAGAACGCUUCGCUGGCGCCGUGCCCCACACCACGCGCAGCCGGAGGGAAGGAGAACUCAGCGGCAGAGAUUACCACUUUGUGUCCCGCCAGGCCUUUGAAGCAGAGCUGACAGCUGGGAAGCUGAUUGAGUCCGGGGAGUUUGAGAAGAACCUGUACGGAACCAGCACAGACUCUGUGAGGCAGGUCAUCAACACUGGAAAGAUCUGCGUGCUGUGCCUGCACACACAGGCCCUGAAGGUUCUGAGGAGCUCCGACCUGAAGCCCUACAUCAUCUUCAUCGCUCCGCCAUCCCAGGAGCGACUCAGAGCGCUUCUGCUGAAGGACAACAAGAACCCCAAGCCCGAGGAGCUGCGUGACAUCAUCGAGAAAGCCCGGGAGAUGGAGCAGAGCUGCGGACACCUGUUCGACGCCAUCAUCGUCAACACGCACCUGGACAAGGCCUACGGCGAGCUGCUGCGCCUCAUCAACAAGCUGGACACCGAGCCGCAGUGGGUGCCCUGCUCCUGGCUGCGCUGAGGCCGGACCGCAUCACAACCAGCGGACCGCAUCACAACCAGACGCAUCAGAACCAGACCAGAUGAACGGAUCAGAACCAGAC